CCUUCCGGCACGUCGCCCGCUCGGGGGGAGGGGGCGGGGGGUUUCACUUCCGGGACGGUGUUCCGGCCCAUUCCGGCCCAUUUCCACCCCCGGAGCAGGGCUGAAAGCCUGUACCAUCAGGCACACCAUGGAGAAAGGUGGGAACAUACAGUUGGAGAUCCCUGACUUUAGCAACUCAGUCCUGAGCCACCUCAACCAACUUCGCAUGCAGGGUCGACUCUGUGAUAUUGUGGUCAAUGUGCAAGGACAGGCUUUUCGGGCUCAUAAAGUUGUGUUGGCUGCCAGCUCUCCCUAUUUCCGGGACCAUAUGUCCUUGAAUGAGAUGAGUACUGUCUCCAUAUCGGUCAUCAAGAAUCCUACUGUUUUUGAGCAGCUCCUUUCAUUUUGUUACACUGGGCGGAUAUGUCUACAACUGGCAGAUAUCAUCAGUUACCUAACAGCUGCCAGUUUCCUACAGAUGCAGCACAUCAUAGACAAAUGUACCCAGAUCCUGGAGGGCAUACAUUUCAAGAUUAAUGUGGCAGAAGUUGAGGCAGAAUUAGGUCAGACAAGGACAAAGCACCCGGAGAGACCCCCAGAAUCUCACAGAGUUACUCCAAAUCUAAGUCGCCCACUUAGCCCACGUCACAACACACCAAAGGGGAGCCGGAGAGGCCAAGUUAGCACAGUGCUGGACAUCAGGGAGCUCAGUCCCCCUGAAGAAUCAACCAGCCCUCAGAUAAUUGAGCAGAGCUCUGAUGUGGAGAGCCGGGAGCCCAUUCUUCGGAUUAACCGUGCAGGACAGUGGUAUGUGGAGACCGGGGUAGCUGACCGGGGGGGUCGGAGUGAUGAUGAGGUGAGAGUUCUUGGAGGAGUUCGGAUCAAAACUGAGAAUCUGGAGGAGUGGCUUGGGACAGAGAAUCAGCCCUCUGGAGAAGAUGGAAGUAGUGCCGAAGAGGUUGCCGCCAUGGUGAUCGAUACAACAGGCCAUGGGGCAGGAGGACAAGAGAAUUAUGCCUUGGGGUCUUCAGCACCCAAGGCCACUCGGCCAACCAGCAGUGAAAUGGACAGAUUUAGCCCUUCUGGCAGUGUUGUCACCCUGACUGAGCGACACCGAGCCCGAAGUGAAUCUCCUGGGAGAAUGGAUGAGCCUAAGCAGCCUAACUCCCAGGUUGAAGAGUCAGCAAUGAUUGGAGUAAGUGGUUAUGUAGAAUAUCUUCGUGAACAAGAAGUAUCUGAGAGGUGGUUCCGCUACAAUCCCCGCCUCACCUGCAUCUACUGCGCCAAAUCCUUUAACCAGAAGGGCAGCCUGGAUCGCCAUAUGCGCCUACACAUGGGGAUCACACCUUUUGUCUGCCGUAUGUGUGGCAAAAAGUAUACCCGCAAAGAUCAGCUGGAGUAUCACAUCCGCAAGCACACAGGCAACAAACCUUUCCACUGUCACGUUUGUGGCAAAAGCUUCCCCUUCCAGGCCAUCCUGAACCAGCACUUUCGCAAGAAUCACCCAGGCUGCAUGCCUUUAGAGGGGCCUCAUAGUAUCUCCCCUGAGACAACAGUCACAUCCCGGGGACAGGCAGAGGAAGAAUCACCCCCGCAGGAAGAGACAGUUGCCACUGGGGAGACUGCACAGGGAUCUGUAUCCACCACUGGGCCAGAUUGAAAGAUGGCAGGGGAAAGGGGGAGGGUCCUCUGCCCCUUCUGGGCCAUAAGCAGCCAGCAUCUGGGCCAUGGGCUGGUUCUUGGAGUCACAAAAUGCCACAUCGCCAGACAGGAAGAAGUUCCCAAGAUGUUGCCAAACUAGAGGAUUAACAAAGUACACAAAAACACUCGAGGCUCUUCCCUUCCCUUCCCCCACUUCACACCUCAGAAAAUAAUUAAGCAAAACAGCUUUCUGAUUCAGGGAUCAACAGCUUUGGUUUGUUAAUUUUUUUAAGAAAAAUUUUUUAAGAAAAUCCAGGAUAAACUGUCAUUUAGUUACCAACCAUGGUUUCAACUCUGUGAAUUGGUCCAGGUGACUGACCUUGGUUGCUAUAAUGUCCCAGCUUCAACAAGCACAGCAUUCGGGCCUUGUCAUCUGGAUCAGCUGUGGGAGAGGAGGGGGAGCUGGUAAAGACAGGGCCUUGCUCCUCUACCUCCCCUGCCAGUUAAUGCUGUUUCCACAGUCAAAGAAAAAGAAGAGUUCUGGUGGUCCUUGUUGUUCUCAAGUUUCUUUUCAACAGAAUGUGAUUGGGGGCUUUCUAUUCGCCCCAUCCAGGCAACUGUGACCGUAAGCGCCACAGGCUGCCAGAAGUUAAGUUAGCAACUGUGAGGUUUGCAUUAGGCAGUGCUGCAUUUGGGAGACGAGGUGUGGGGUGAGGGAGAUGAGGAGGAGAGAGAAACGGUGUGUCUGCAGAUGUGGAUUAGCACAGGACCACAUUGCGACUUCUUGACUGGGGGGAGGGGAGGCACAUGGCAGUGCUUAAUACAUCUCUAAGCAUUAGGCACUGGCUCUGGCACAGGUGGAGUAAUGAGCUGGAGACUGACCGCCAAAGUCUUGUCAAGCUUCUUUGGGCUCCUGGUCUUAAAUAACAGCAAUAUUGUACAUCAAAAAUGUCACUUCCCAGGGAAAUGAUGCUGGGUUGUCUUUUUA